CUGUGUAGUGAGAGGAAAGUCAUGACUGAGGUUAUAUUUUCCGCGAGCGACUGCCAUUACCAGCGACCGCAUUACUUUAUCCGCCAUUUUGACAGUUGCUAUGAGGAGACUUGUAUGCUUGAAAAUUAUCAAUGUUACGUACCAGAACACUUUUUAGAGGGAAAUAAGCUUGCUUCAUUAGAAUGGCGGCAGAUUUUCUAUUUGAUCAUGACUACGGUCAACAGUUAGCCAAUCCACCACACAUUCAGAAAGUGGAAAAUGCCCUGAGACUUGACCCGCUCCUUAACUACAUUGAAGGAUUGGUUCAUGAGAAUGCUGGGUUAGAUCGGGAGGUAGAGGAGGAGAUAUUGCGACCGUGCAAGAAAGAUGCUGAGGGAAAUAAGAUUCUCAAUGGCAUCACCAUCACUAAAGCGGAAAGGAAGGCAGACAAGAACCGACUGUACAAUUUCAGUAAGGUCAAGAAAGGAAGAAAAUGGCUCAAGGCCAUUUUGUUGAGUGACAGUUCAUCAGAGGAGGAGGAGGAUGAGGAGGAGGCGGAGAUUUCUGAGGCGGAGCUUCAGAACAUGCUCCGCCUACACAAAUACCAACGCAAACAUCAGAUGACCUACUAUCAAGACCCAGAGAUGCGACAGUAUCAAUAUUACUCAGUCGGACUGUUAUCAAACGUCGACCACUUCCCCGAACAUCAGAAAAAUGUUCUUGGACCCAGGAAGAAAACUAACAAAGACCAACGAAAAAUGGAGAAAAAAAUCAAAGCCAAACUGAAGAAGUUGAAAAAGGACAAGGUGCUAGAAAAUGGCGAUGAUCUCGAUGUUUCUGAAGACAUGGACCCAGUGCUAUUACAGGCCAUAUUAUCACAUCGUCAGAGUCAGCGUGAUAAGGCGGCAGGAAAGAAACUCACUCCGGAACAGGCAGAGGUGAAACGAAGACGGCUGUGGGUGGCCAUUGCUAAGAAAGAGAUUCCAAAGGCUCAGAAACAGAAGGCGUCUGCAAGAAAAGAAGUUAUGCAGCAGUUGAAGAAGAUCUCAAUGGGUGCCAUGCGAGAGGUGCGAAGAGCAGCCAUCCAAUCACAGAAGCAGAUGAAGGACACGCCCUCGAAGGCUCGUAGACUCACAAGGGAGAUGAUGGUUUACUGGAAACGCUUCGAGAAAGUGGAAAAGGAUCACAGGAAACGUGUGGAGAAAGAAGCCCUCGAGAAACGGAAGACGGACCUGGAAAUGGCUGAGGCAAGAAGACAGCAGCGUAAGUUCAACUUCCUGAUCACGCAGACAGAGUUGUACGCCCAUUUCAUGGCUCGUAAGAUCACUGGGGAAGGAGAGGGUACACGCGACAAGAUCCUGCAGAAACUGGAAGAGCCCAAACAGGAACGCCCCUCACAGACAGGAUUUCUUGUUGAUACUGCUAUUGAUGACUAUGACUCAAAUGUAGCGAAGGAGAAAGCCAUGAAAACUGCCAACUCGGCAUUCCAGGCCCACAGAGCAAAGACAAAGCAGUUUGACUCUAGUUCAAAUGUAAAUUCGCUGGCCAAUGCAACAUUUGUGGGAGAAGAGAGACCACAGCCGUCCAUGUUUGAGGGGAAACUGAAGGGUUAUCAGCUUAAGGGAAUGAACUGGUUGGCAAGUCUGUACGACCAGGGCAUUAACGGGAUUCUGGCUGACGAGAUGGGUCUGGGUAAGACUGUACAAAGUCUCUCCUGUCUUGCCCACGUCGCGGAACAGAAUGGAAUCUGGGGGCCAUUCCUGAUAGUAGCACCAGCAUCCACACUUCAUAACUGGCAGCAGGAGUGCUCUCGAUUUGUACCCAAGUUUAAGGUUGUGCCAUACUGGGGAAACACCCAGGACCGUCGUGUGUUACGAAAGUUCUGGGACUCCAAAUGUAUUAACACAGAGGAGGCCUCGUUUCACGUGGUGAUAACGUCAUACCAGCUUGUGAUUCAGGAUGUGCGCUACUUCCAGCGAAUUAAGUGGCAAUACAUGAUCUUAGAUGAGGCUCAAGCCCUCAAAAGCAGUGCUAGUGCUCGUUGGAAGAUACUGCUGACGUUUAACUGCAGAAACCGCCUUCUACUGACUGGAACUCCGAUACAGAACAGCAUGGCCGAGCUGUGGGCGUUGUUGCAUUUCAUCAUGCCCACUCUAUUCGACUCUCAUGAUGAAUUUAACGAGUGGUUCUCCAAAGAUAUAGAAAAUCAUGCUGAGAAGCAGUCUGGAAUUGAUGAAAACCAGUUGUCACGGUUACACAUGAUUCUGAAGCCGUUCAUGUUGCGGAGGGUGAAGAAAGACGUCGAAAAUGAACUCGGUGAUAAGAUUGAAAUAUUGGUAUACUGCCCGCUGACAUCACGUCAGAGGCUGCUAUACCAGGGCAUAAAGAAUAAGAUAUCGAUCGAGGACCUGCUGAACACGGCCAUGUCCAACUCAUCCCAGGCACAAUCAACUGCUAACUCCCUCAUGAAUCUUGUCAUGCAGUUUCGCAAGGUCUGCAACCACCCUGAACUGUUUGAAAGGCAGGAGAUCCGGUCGGGGUUUUUCCUUGCUCAGCCGGCAUAUCGCGUGCCAAAGCUGGUGUACAGAGACGGUAUACUAGAUCUAAGUUUACCGAGCCGAGGGCGUCUGCUGAACAACACGUUCUGUAUAUACAACACACAUCAUAUCCAUAAUUCACUCUUCCAUGAAGGUUCCAGUGUAGAUAGUUGUUUCUCAUUCCUGCGAUUCAUCGACAUGUCGCCAGCCGAGCUUAACGCUCACAUGCUUCGCGGGCUGCUAGUCAGGUGGCUGGCAAUAUUCAUAUGGUACAAGUCAGCAUUUUCAAUACAUCAUCGAAACUUCUGGCAGCAAACAUCCAACAAAAAGACACCUGUUCAUCUGGACAACAAGGCCUUCCUGUUGGAACCGAUACAGACCACAUAUUUUACCAAUGUCCAGUCCAGCCCGGUAUUAUCCCCCCUUGUGUUCACAAAUUUUAACGCAACCGUGUAUACACAUCAAGAUCACACAGUGCGUUACAUUCACGAGACUGAGUGGCAUCGCCAGGUGCGUCAGAGACACAGAGAUUUGGCGUAUAUUACGAAAAAAAUGAAAACAAAAAGCCCACCGUCUUCUCCAUCGAAAUCUCCCAAGAUGCCCGGGCUUCUGGAUUUAACACCGUUACCUGGUCAUGUUCACCAGGAAAGACAACCGAAGGUGUUUCACUGCCAGCCCACAGAGUUCCCUCCCUUCUUAUACUAUACAAUUCCUAAGGUAAAAGUGACGUUACGAUCGUUGUAUGCUGCUGAUCGAAGUGCACAGUGGGAGCAAAUGGCUAAAGAGCUGGCUGGUACCCAGGAGGCACGUGUGUCGCUAUUGUAUGGGGAACCAGCUCGGUAUGAAGAGGUGCGGUGGUGGACACGAUGGAGAUUCUUCCCCGAACAACCUGCCGGACUUCUGGGUCUGUCACCUCGACAUGGCUACUCUGGCGUUUAUGUGCCUGGUAAGGAGAAGAUUAUCACUGACGCGGGGAAGCUGUACGUCCUGGACAUCCUAUUGAAGAGACUCAAGGUCGAGGGUCACCGCGUGCUCAUCUACUCUCAGAUGACAAAAAUGAUCGACCUGCUUGAGGAAUACAUGUGGCACCGGAAACAUACCUACAAGCGACUGGAUGGCUCGUCCAAGAUUUCAGAGCGUCGAGACAUGGUGGCUGACUUCCAGGCACGGUCCGAUAUCUUCGUUUUUCUGCUGAGUACCCGUGCUGGAGGGUUGGGCAUCAACCUUACUGCCGCUGACACGGUGAUAUUUUAUGACAGUGACUGGAACCCGACCGUGGACCAACAGGCCAUGGACCGGGCCCAUCGUCUCGGCCAGACGAAGCAGGUGACCGUGUAUCGGCUCAUCUGUAAGGGAACCAUCGAGGAAAGGAUCCUGCAGAGGGCUAAAGAAAAAAGCGAGAUCCAGCGUAUGGUAAUCAGUGGUGGAAGCUUCAAGCCCGACACGCUGAAACCCAAGGAAGUGGUCUCGCUGCUCAUCGAUGAGGACGAACUCAAGAAUAAAUUUCAAUACCGGUCACGGGAAAAGCAAGAAAAGGCUGACCAGUACAAGGAAAAGGACAGGAAGAGAAAACGGGAACAGUAUGUCAAGAAGCGGGAUGGGAAGAAAGCUCGUACAGAGGAGAAUAACUUGACCAUCCCAGCAUCACUGGAUACAGAUUCGCGUGCCAGUUUUGACUCGUCCCGGCCUGUCAGUCCACAGAGUGAGUUAUCGGUUGGAAGCGAGAAUCAGCACACCUUGGGAAGCCUUGUGAUAGACGAGAGCAGCAACGAGGGGCUGGUGAUCGUGGACGACAACUCCGCCACGUCCUCCCCCAUCCCUACCCCCAACAAGCCUCGGGGACGGGGUAGACCCAAGGGGUCAGGCACGGGUAGGGGGCGGCCACGUGGGAGGGGUGGAACAAAAAGGGCGCUCAGUGCGGCAGAGAUCGCUGGAGCUCAGGCCGGGAUGACGGCAGCAUAUGCUGCUUAUGGAUACAACUAUACAGGAGGCAUGGGAAGUAGGUCAUCAUCACUUUCAUCCGUGACAGACGCUGUGAAACAGGAAAAUAAAAAUAAAUGAUCCAGAAACACUUGAAAAUAAGAGCAACAUGUGAUGGCGCAGUGUUUCCCAGACGUGGUCAGGAUAUUACAAGCACUGAGAGAGGGAUUACCAGGUGUGUUCAGUUGUGUUUUCCAUUGUAUACAAAAAGAUGGAGAAACAUUAUGAGGGAAAAUGCGGAAGUGUUUAGGAAGGACGUUUCAUGUGAAUUUGGGAGAUAAGAUGGAUAUUGCCACGUGAAAGCAGAUAUUAUGAUGGUUACUGAUAUGUCAUUUAUUCAUAAUGAUAAACAUUAUCAUGUGACACUAUAAUGCCACUUUUGUGUUUAUGCAAAAAAAACUGAGAGCAUUGUGGUUUUGUAUCUGAUAAUCUUGGCUGAGCUGGCGUGCAUGAAACACCUCAAGUCAUUUCCUAUUUGAUGUCAGUUUCUGAAUUUAAGUAUCUCACUUAAUUUUUUUCAUGAAUCGAAAUUCAUGCUUUCAUGUAAAAACACUUUUUAAUAUCUUUGAAUUUGACAAUGAACAUUUCAGGAUAUCGACUUAAGUUAGGAAAUGACUUAAAAAGUUUUAUAUUUUAAUAUCAACACAAGCCCUGUUUCUUACAAAAGCGACUUAGAAGUCUGAAGCUCAGAAAAAAAUCAGCGAAGACUUGAGUAAAUAGAUGACACCAUUUCACGCGUCCAUUGUUGUGUACCAAAAGGCAAUGUUUCCUGUGGAAGCUGUCAACCUGAUGCAUUUAGACGCUUGUCUGAGUGACGUUAUAAUACAUGUAUAUAGAACAUGUAUACAUGUACAGCAUUGCAGAGUAUAUGCAGAAAUUUUAUAAUUAGUAAUAGAAGACUGUAAUUAUGAUCUCAAGGGUGCUGUGUCCUACAUGUUUGAAGAAAUACUUAAUAGAUCGUCUGAUUUUUGGACAGAGAAAAAGGCGAGCGAUUGUGAUAGCUUUUGUGUCUUCGCAGGGGUAGUGUCGGUGGUUGGCGGAAAUUUCAAACUGGGCCAUAACUUAAAAACUGUUCAAUGUAUUCAAAUGAAAUUUUGUGCAGAUGAUGCUAGUUAUGGACUCAUCGUUUAGUUCUGCCCUUUUUAUCGAAAUUAAAUCAACAGACAAGUGUUUGGAGCUCCCUCAGGGGAACUCUUGUAAGUUUGAUGAUAAUCUGUCAUAUUAACAUGUGUGUUACAUUAUUGCUGACCAUCAAAAUGAAAUUUGGUGCAGAUAAUGCCAGUGGCUUAUUGUCCAGUUCUGCCCCUUUUGUGAAAAUUAAAUAACAGAACAUUUGGAGGGGGACUAUCAUUAAGUUUGAUGAUAAUCCGUCUUAUAAACAUGUGUGUUACAUUAUUAUUGACCUUGGUGCAGAGUUGCUUACUGUCGCUUUAUAUUCAGAUUUCCUAGGUAUAUUGAUGAUAUAAAACCAUUGAACAAAACUCAUCCCCACAGAUGAGCAAUUCAGGGCCUUCAUGGUACUCUUGUUAAUGAUGAGGAUGAUGUUUAAAUGGCUUUAUUAAAUAAACCAUGUCGGGAAGAAUGGUCUUGCAGUACAUAUAAUGUAAGCGGUGAUAUGAUAUCGUAGUUUGACGUGAAUGCAAACAGAAUAAUAAUGUCUGUUGGGUGACUUGUUUUAAAGCUGCACUCUCACAGUUUGAAAAAAGUUUUCAAAACAGUCAAUCUCUGAGAGUGCAGCUUUAAAGGUCAAAUAUACUUAUAAGGUGAGUUAUUGUUCUUAUCAUGUAAAAUAUAUUUGUCAUGAACCUGGAAAUCUCUGAUAUGACACUUUUUUGCUUGGCACAGUACAACUACAGAUUUAACCUUGGCCUGUAAAGACAAAAAGUGAAAUAGAAAUGUCAUUAAUCAAGCCAUUAAUGGAGGUUUGCUAAUUGAUGUUGCAUGAAAAGUUUACUUGAUUGCUAUUAUGUGUGAAACAAACUUGAUCAAUUAUUUAUUUUUUUAAAUCUGCACCAUUUGCAUGUAAAUUGCACAAAAUGAAUUUAGAAUGAAUUUGCAAUGGUUUUAUGACAUUCUUUUUCCUUGUUUUAGAUUUCUCUCGUCUUUUAUCUGUUUUGAUACUUAUUCGCUCAUCCGUUUUCGUCGAUAAAAGUUGUGGUAUUGUCAUAGCUUUGGUGUCGUCUUUGUCCUUGUGCUAAAAAAGCUAAGCUUGUUCAUACAGCAAAUGUUUAAGAUAUUAAAUUGAAACUUGGUUAACAUGUUACCACAGAUCAUAUGCAGAAAUACAGCCAGAACAUUAACUCAGUCUCUAGUGAUUCUCAAGUUGUGUCCCAUGUUUAAAUAACUGAAAUCAGACAGGCGUUAGAUAGAAGUAUCAUUAUUUAAAGUUGGAUAUUUGUUAACAUGGAACUUAGCUCGUUGAGCUAUUUUCUGACAUUUUGGGCUUCACUCUGCAACCCUCUUGUUUUACAUCCAUUUUUCAUAUAUUUAUAAGCAUUUUGAAAUUUUCUACUGUAAUAGUCAUCCUUGACCUUAUUCUUUUCCCAAGGUCAAAAACCUCCAAAAAAAAUGAAAUCUGUCUUAAAAUGUUUUUUCCUAUUUUGAGAGUAUUGUUAUUUGUAAACCAGUGCUAUUUUAUGUUUAAAUGGCAAAAAAACUCAGUUAAUAAUGUUAAGAAGAAUGAUGGUUGUGUUUAUUGGGGGUAAUUUUGAAUGAGUGAAUGACCAAAGAAUGUUUGUGUAUUACAAUUUCUACAAUUUUGACUGUGGUUUUGGACCGAAAUUAUUAAAAAAUGAGAAAAUUUCGGACUGAUUUUUUCGACACUUUUAAACUGAAAUCGGUCUGACUCCAUACUGGCAAAUUAUCGGUUUUUAGAAGCCGUGGUUGUGUAUAUGAGCAGCAUCUGGCCUUAUUUCACGAGAUAUGUUAAGCAUAAUGAAAUUAUGUCGCUUAUUUUAGUCAGCCAAGCUACAUAUUUAAACUUGAUUUUUCAAAAUUGUUUAUUGUGGUUAUCGUAAAGAUAAUUUUAUCCUUAAGACUCAUUUUUUUUUAUAAGACUCAUUUUUUUAUAAAAAAAAUAUUACAAAGAUUUAUAAAUAUAUAAAAGCAAAAACAUCGGGCUUAGCUUGAUCCUGACAUAGACCUUGAAAAGUGUAAAAGUUUGACAUUGAUUUUAUUUAUGCCUUUCGAUAUUGAAAAUUGCUUGAAAGUAUUGUACCUUGGAACAUUAAAAAAAUGUUUGAAAAUGUAAAAUGAUGUGUAAAUUUGUAAUGCUACUUGUAGAAAUGCUACUUGUACAGAAUUUAAAACAACGAUAAUGUACUAGCUUACAUGUAACAUAGUAUUCAUGGAAUUUAUUUUCUUGUUAUUGGCUUGUUAAUGGAAGGUGUUUGUUUGUAAAUAUUGAUACGGCUACAAUUCAUAAACAGUUUCUUUGAUGUUUCCCUACCGAAUCCAAAAAAUACCCACAACUCAAUUUUUUUUAGCCCCUCUGGCAGUAUUCUUUUCAUUAAAAAAAAGGGGUGUGGAAUUUGGAAAAAAAACUGCUUAAGUACACACAACUAAAAAGGUGGGUCGGGAAACAUCAAAGAAAUAUUGAUUAUUUGUGGCCUAGUACUCAAAAUUCUAAUCAUGUUGAUUUGUUUUGCUUAACACUCAUGUACAUACAUGUGUAUACUUACAGGUAUAUACUUACAUGUACAUACUUACAUGUAUAUUGACAUGUAUAUUAAAAUGUUUAUGAUGACAUGUUGGAAUAAUAAAUAGACUGUGUAAACCUU